CUGGGCAGCCGGGGGUAAAAAAAAAAUAUUUUUGGGCGUUAGUCAAUCUACCGAAAUCCCAAGAGGAAAUACAAUACAUCUAAAUCAUGAAGAAAUAAAUGAAAACUGGCAAUUUUCGUGUUGCCCUUCCUAGUAUACAUAUGUGUAUAACUGGAAUGGCCCGGCGUUCCGUAACCAAAAAAUUGGUACUGUGGUCGGUGCUGGUGCUUCAACUAUGUUUAAUUGGAUGCAUCUGGUUACUGCAAAUAGACUACAGCCAGGAGCAGAACACCCUUGGGAAGAUCAGCAGCAGGGUACAUUUUGUAACCAGCAAAGAUGGCGACGUAAAUAUAACGCCAGGAAAAGGAUCCCCUGGUGGUGGCAUACAUUGUCCGCGAAGGCAAGACAAUGUUAACCGCUAUGUGGCAGACUUUUAUCGGAUGAAAUCUGCAGUUCUAAAUGAAACUAACCCACCGGACUACAACGUGCCAGCAUAUGUAGAUGCAGAGAUGGGCCUCACUGAAAAUUUAUGGUGCUACCGCGAGGGCACCCUCAACGAAAGCCAUCAAAGGAAUUAUGUUGACUAUCUGAUGGUGUCUCCACAUUGCGACUGUGCCAGUGGCUGGCAUGGAAGAGACUGCGGACAGCCAGAGAUCAUAUGGAGAGCUCUUAUGACUAACAGCGGAGCGAGUAAACGAGGUGGCACCACCCCCAUCCAACUAGUUGAAGCCAGCUCCAACUAUCUCCACCGGCUAUUCUAUAUGCUGGAUCUUGGCGUCUGGGAGCAUAUCAGUCUGGAGCUCUUAGAGCUGCAAAUUCAAUCUUUGUUAGAAGUGGUGGAUUACUUUCUCAUCUACUAUGUGAGUAAUACUACGAAACAGCGCAAUAUUAAAAACGUGAUGGGCAGCCAAACAAAUUAUGCCCUUCUACACUGCUCAUCGGCAGCAAAGUGCACAAGUUCCUCGGCCUAUAGCUAUUUUCGAAGACAACUUUGGCUACAGUGCAGUGUUCAGAUGCAACCGCACGACCUGUUGCUCCACGGAGACAGCCAAACGGUUUAUGCACCAGCAGCUCUAAAGUUUCUCAAAUACUAUGCUGGGGAUGUACUGCCCCUGAGAUUCAGAGUGAAGUACAACGUUUAUGGACUGUACUGGCAGCAUCCAAAUAAGACUCUCCUGAGUGGAGUGAUAAGUUCCUUGGGGCACUUGCACAGUGUCCACGCGGAUAUCAAUCGAUUGCAGCGGCAGGCUGGCAGCACCCUGGGCGAUCUAAACCACUACGGCGGAUGGAGUUGCGAGCUAUGCCUGUCGCCUGAUCAAAUAAUACUACGUCUGCAAAGCUCCCACCAGCCACAGUUGUCCGUAAGACUCCCCAACGAUACGCGAAAUGCGCACAUUGAUGCCACCUACAUUCAGAAAUUAAUUGGAAAUGGAGUACAUUUGGAUAGCUUUACACAGUUGCUUCGACUGCGAGAACAAAGUGAGAAGUACUUUGCCCCAAAGGAGGCACUUCAGCACAGCAGUCGGUAUGGGCAACUUUUAGUGAAUCUCUACGAUGUAGAUGUACUGGAGGAUCUUCAGGAUGAAGACUAACUCUAUCCGAGGUCUAACAGGGGCAAAACUUUACUUUUUUCUACAAACUACCAUAUAAGAAAUUAUCCGGGAGUCAUAUCUGUAUCUCUUUGAAUUAGUUAUAGUUUAAACCGAUUUAUGUAGUUUUUAAGUAAAAAUUCAAAGUUUGUCACUGCAUAAGUUGGGUGUAGCACUGGGUUAUAUAAUCUUCGUUUGAAACCGGCAAUUUAAUUAUUCGCUUGCCCUUCUCCCUUUUUUGAGCAACCAAAAACCAAAUAUGCUAAUUUAUCAGACAGGACAAGCAGACCGUGAAAUCUGUGAUAAAAAACUACGAAAUAUGCAAAAAAUGUAUCAACUAGAAGAGAAUUAUUCUCAAAAUGUAAAAUUUCUUUUGAAAAGAAUUUAUAAUUACUUUAAAGAGUAAGCUUUUCAACUUUACUUUAAUGUAAUUUAAACGAAUACAGGAAAGCUAAUUUAAUUUAAAUGUACCAAUUAAUAAAUAAUUCUU